AAGUUUAGGGUUUCGGUGCUUUGGAGAGGUUUAUUCAUUGUGCUGUGUCCUGACAGGAUAAUUUCGUGUUAUGUUUGUAAGGAUAACCGUUAUAACCUGGUUUUGAUUUUUGAAGUCUAUAAAUAAAGGUAAUUAAAUUUUCUUUACCUUGGCUGUCGUACACAGGUGAGAUAAAUUAUUGCUGACCUUUUAAGAGCCACUUACGACCAAGAGCAAAGGAUUUGCAUAACAACACGCCCUCUCGCCAGUCUCUCAAAUUGACUUUUUCGUACACACAGAUGUUUCUGUCAAAACACUUCCACCGUGCAGGCUGCUGUGGUACGCUCUAUGUAUGGGAAUGGACUUUGAAACAAAGAUCUUCCCCAGGACCGGGGGGUUUGGACCCUACAACCGGUCCGUGGCCGCCUUCAGCUGGCUGUCGAACUUUGCGGUCGUGCUUAGCCUUUUCUCGGAGAUGUUUUUUACUUUGAAACCGGGAUCCUACCACUGCCGCCUGGAUCCCUCUUUACUCCCCUCUGAACACCGUAAUCUGUCUGCACAAGAGCUACUGAAUGUCAGCAUACCUUGGGUGAAAGGGUCGGGGUUGAGUCAUUGUGAACUUUAUAAGUACCCUGCAAAUUUUUCCAAUUUUACGACGAAUUUCCCAAAAGAGACUGUACGUUGCACACAAGGUUGGGAAUACACAACUGGAGCGGGUCUUGAAACCAACAUUGUCACUCAGUGGAAUUUAGUGUGUCAGAACUACUGGAAGAUUCCGCUGGAACAAAUCUGCUACAUGAUUGGCUGGAUCUCUGGGUACGUCGUUCUGGGUUCCGCUUGUGACAGGCUGGGUCGUCAGGGGAUCUUCCUGGGGUCAGUGCUGCUCUCUGGGCUGCUCGGAGUCGGGGUGUCUCUCUCGCUGAACCCCAUCAUGUUCCUGUUCCUGCGGCUCUCACAGGGGGCCGCCCUGGCUGGGGUGUUCCUCUCCACAUAUGUGGCUAGACUGGAGCUGUGUGACCCGCCCCACCGCCUCAUGAUCACUAUGAUUGGUGGAUUCUUUGCAGUGGGCGGGGAGCUGCUGUUGCCCGGGCUGGCAGUGCUGUGUCGUGAUUGGCAGAUCAUGCAGGUGGUCGUUGCUGUGUCUCUGCUGCUGCUUUUAAGUUACUGGUGGUGUACCUCUGUGUUCCCCGAGUCGCCCCGCUGGCUCCUGGCCACACAGCAGAUCCAUCGAGCCAAGAGCGUCCUGCAGAGCUUCUCCUUGCGCAACGGAGUGUGCCAGAGUGAUGACAUCUACAACUCCGAGAACCUGCUGUCGGAGAUAGACUCAGUGUACACUGACAGCUGUGAGCCGCGCUUCCACAAUGUCUGUGAGAUGGUCGGCACGCAUGUGAUCUGGAAGAACAGCCUCAUCCUGGCAUUCACAGCGUUCAUCGGCAGGGGGAUCCAGUACUGCUUCACCCGGAACCUGCUCGGCUUCUACCCUCACUUCUACUUCAGCUACUACAUGCGCGCACUGUCUGGGGGCCUGGCCUGUGUGCUGCUGUGUGUCUCGGUGAACCGCUAUGGCCGCCGGGGCAUCCUGCUGCUCGCGUCCAUCCUGACUGGCAUGGCGUCCCUGCUGCUGCUCGCCCUCACGCAGUAUCUGAAGGAUGGGUUUGUCCUGGUGCUCUCCAUCAUGGGGCUCCUGGCCUCUCAGGUCAUCUCCAUGCUCAGUGUGUUCUUCGCCAGUGAGGUGCUGCCCACGGUUGUCAGGGGUGGGGGUCUGGGUCUGAUCCUGGCGGUGAGCUGUGUUGGUAAAGCUGCCUCCUCCCUCAUGGAGCUGCAUAACAACCAGGGAUACUUCCUCCACCAUGUGGUGUUCGCUUCCUUCACGGUGCUGUCCGUGAUCUGCGUCAUGCUGCUGCCCGAGAGCAAACGCAAGCCCCUGCCAGACUCCCUCAAGGAGGGGGAGAACCUACGCCGGCCACCCCUCUUCCUGUCCCAGAGGAACCAGGAGCACCUGCCCCUGCUCCAGCACCGUCCCAGGGCUGCAUCGGAGUAUAACACCGACAGCUACUCGUGCCUGGUCAGAGACUUUGAACUGUCAUCACCACUGACACCGGAGGCAGUCUUAAAUGGGAGCAGAGUGCUGGAGAAUGAGGAUUCCCCCUAGGGUUUCUGAGCACUUUUCACACAGAAAACCUGACAUCCCUCCCCAUGGUCAUAUAGGGAGGCUUGGGGGAGUAGAUGUGUUGUGAGGCACAGAACUUCGCCUCUGGAAUUGGCUGUUUACAGUACCUCUGGUUUGUGCCCCCACUCCCGCACCAGCAAAGAUAAGUUUCCAAGACACUGGAAAAUGAGAGACAACCACUCCAGACCAUUAUGAAGACACUUGAAUGCGUCUACCUGGACUUUUAGUCAUUCUGAAGAUCUGCUGAUCCAAGACGGUAAGGCUAUGGAUGAACUAAUGCAUACCAUCUUUAACCCUUUAACUAUGUCAAGGGACUAUUCUCGUAGGAAUGUCAGCAAUACCUGGACUCCUGUCUUCUGAGCCACGGUAAUAAGCAUCUGGGUUUGGCCUGGGCAGUGAACAUAUUCUAAAUGCAGCACUUACAGAUCAUGCAAUGCGGUAGAAGUGAUGGACUACUUUUGUAUAAUAUGUAAAAAGAUACCGCUGUUCUUAAUGACAAGCUAUUUUGUCGUGAGGUGUGCAUUGUAGGAAGGGGCUUCAUCAUAUACUGUAAUCGUUUUAAAACAUAAAUGGAUAUCUAUAUAUAACUAGCUGGAUACAAAGCUCUUUACUGUACAGGCUUGUGUGAAUUGAACUGACAAAUGAUGCUGUCUUAUGUCUGAAAUAGGGAGUAUUAUCUCUGUCCGUGACCUUUGUUGGUUUGUAAGUAUUUGCAUAUUCAGCUCAACUGUGCUAAGAAGUUCAAUUCGAGCAGCAGCUCUCUGUCUUGUUUUAUUGGUGGUGAUUGAUAUUCGUCGGCAUCGUGUCUCGUUACUGUGGUGUUGAUGAACUGAGCUCCUGAACUUGUACAAUAUUCAAGGUACUGUUUUAAUAGAGCAGAGUAUAGAAGGGUUCUUUCAUUUCUGUUCUGUAGACAUGCAUUGGGUCGUACUGUGCAUUCUACAAUAUAUUUAUACGUUCCUAUUCUAAAGCCAACAGUCAGAGGUUUGAAAACACACCAGCUUAUAUGCUGCAUCAAAAAGGUGGUCCGCCUCUUGUGGUUAUACAGAACAUCAGCUGCAGUAAUGUGCUACUAGCACUGAUACUGUGUGCUGUAUAUUCCAUUUUUAGUUCAUUUCCAAAUUUUUGCAGUAUUUUUUGGAAAAUGUAAUACAAAUAAACUUGGUUUUAUAUUUAUUUUUGUCCCAUUUAAUUCAAUUGUGUUUGUGUUUUUCUUUUUACAGAACAUAUUAUGAGACUGGGUAAGGAUAUUGAUAUUUAUGAAACUUUAGGUCUCUCUGUUCCAUGUAUUUUGUCUAGCCAUGUUGUUGAAGUCAAAUAUAGUAAUUGUAUAUAUAAUGUUAUGGUUCACAGCAAACCAAACUUAGUCCUGCAUUUUUAUUGGUCAAAAAAACCAAAUGGAAAAUAUUAAACAAGCUGUUCCAUGCAUAUAACAUGUGGCAUUUAAAAAAUAAAAAAAAAUAAAAAUAGUGUGUUAGCAUAUUCAGACCAUACUUCAAAAUACAGGUCCAUUGAACUAUACUGUAUCUUCACAGUCCUUAAACCUUGUAUUUCAUUGUACUUACAACAGUUUUAUAUGUUUGAGCAAAUCAUUUGGUUAAAUACAUGUUAAUGUAUGGAGCUUCAUCCUUACAAUAAAACACUUUGUGUACAUGGAACAAAGGGAGGCUAGUAAACGCAGUGUAACUCUUUGUAGUUAAUGUGCCUGCAGUUUGAAGUAUAUCCAAUUUCAACUAAAGAACACAGUGUCCCCUACAUUGCGCAACACCGUUUCAAUAUAAAAACAUAAAAAUGUAUACAGAAGAAUAAAAUAGCCUUGAUAACUGCAUUAAUAUUUCCCCCUAAAAUGGGGUAUAGCAGUGGGUCUGUCGUAUAAUAUUAUAACGUUUAUUCUGGAAAUAUCAUUGUGCUGUGAUGAACACGCCAGAUAAAGCAUUAGUGUUAUGGAGAAAUCACCUACUGUGUGUGGUGGGUUAUAUUGUGAAAGGGAAACCUAUUGCAAGACAUCACUAUAAAUCUGUAAUGUGUGUGUGUGUGU